AUGGGAAGUACUUGCUGCCAUAAAUAACCACAGCCAAUCUCAUCUUAAGGUAAACUAUUAAUAAUAUCUUAAGCAGAACUAGUUUGUGAUAAUAGCAAUCUUUCUAUAAUUAAAAAGUCUAAUCAUAAAGAAGAAAGUCCAGGUGAACCACCAUCAAGAUUACCAUCUUAAAGUUUUCCUAUUCCUUAGGUGUAUGAGGAAGUAUCCGCACUAAAUUAGAUGAAAAAUCAAGUACCUGCCUUAAAAUUCAGCAAUACUAAAGGAACUUUUAAGGAUGAGAGACUUUUGAAGGAUUCGAAGGAGUCUUUUGAGCCUUCAGAAAAAUCAGAUUAAGUAGAAGAAAGAAAUUAAAACCUUGGAGUAAAAUAGGCUGAGGUAGAAUAAACUCCUAUAGAAAAAAUCGUUUAAGCAGAAAAAUUGGAGAAAUAAAAUGAAGCAUAGUAAAAGCAAUAAUAAGAUACGGGAACUAAAAAAUCUCCUGCGGCUUCUUCAAAAACAGUUCCUCGUAAUCCAAUGGAUCAUAGUCCAAGCAGAAAACAUAGUUAGGCUUCUGUUGGUUCAGUGUCUGUAAAAUUUGGAGUGGAAUUAUUCGUAAACUUAAAAAAACAAUCAAUAACAAAAGUGUAUACUUUAGGUUAAGUUUUGGGCUAAGGUGCAUUCGGAAAGGUUUGGAAGGUAACACAUAAAACUACAGGUAUGAAAUUAAAAUAAAUUGUGAGGUUUAAUUAGAGCAAUGAAACAAAUUCGAAAGUCAGAAUUAAUUAAAGAGGAUGAAUAAAAGAUGUUUUCAGAGAUGAACCUAUUAAAAAAUCUUGAUCAUCCCCAUAUUGUUAAAUUAUAUGAAUUGUACUAAGAUUCUAAUAAUUAUUAUUUAAUAACAGAGUAUAAUUUGUAUAUAAAUUAGAUAUUUAUGUGGAGGAGAAUUGUUUGAAAGAAUUAAGAAAAUGAAUUAAUUUAGCGAGAGAAGAGCUAGCGAUUUAAUGAGAUAAAUAUUAAUGGCAGUAGUGUAUUGUCAUGAAUAAAAAAUUGUUCAUAGAGAUUUGAAACCAGAGAAUGUUCUCUUCUCUGGUACUGAGCCAGAAGCUCUACUUAAAAUAAUUGAUUUUGGAUGCUCAAGAAAAUUUAAUUCCCAAAAGAACAUGACUAAAAGACUAGGAACAGUAAUUUUAUAAAAUUAAUAUCAAGCCAUAUUACAUAGCUCCAGAAGUUUUAAAUCACAAUUAUAAUGAGAAAUGUGAUGUAUGGUCAUGUGGUGUCAUUUUAUACAUUUUAUUAUGUGGGUAUCCUCCAUUCACAGGAAAAAAUGAGAACGAAAUAUUUGAGAAGGUAAAGACAGGCAAAUUCAAAUUUCCAAGUAUAUUCUACAUAUUGAUUUUGAAUAGUUGAGGAAUGGGAUUCAAUAAGUAGAGAAGCAAAGAAUUUAAUUCAAAGAAUGCUAUAAGUAGAUGUGAAUUCAAGAUAUUCAGCAUCAUAGGCAUUGAAUGACCCUUGGAUUCAAAAGCAUGCUCCUAAUACUUAAAUUAAUAAAAAAGUACUUGAGAAUCUUGCAUAAUUCUAAGCCAAAAGUGAAUUUCGAUCUGCAAUCGUGUAAUAUAUAAUUAGUCAAAUGACAACCAACAAAGAAUUGGAAGAUCUUUAAAAGACAUUUCAAUCUUUAGAUAAGAAUAAAGAUGGAGUAUUAAAUAAAACAGAAUUAGUAGAAGGAUACACAAAGAUUUUAAAAAGCAAAGAGCAAGCUGAAGAAUAUGUUGAAAAGAUUAUUUCAAAGAUCGAUAAGAAUUAAUCAGGUGUAAUCGAAUUUAAUGAAUUUUUGAUGGCUGCCAUUAAUGAAGAAAAGAUAAUUCCAAUAAAAAAGGUUGAAUAAGCAUUUAAGAUUUUUGAUUCAGAUGGAGAUGGAUUCAUAAGCAAGUAAGAAAUAGAAGAAGUUAUGGGUGAAUUAAAUGCGGAUGUUUGGAAGCUAUUUUUGGAUGAAACAGAUGGAAACAAUGAUGGCAGGAUAUCCUAUGAAGAAUUCUCAAAAUUAAUACUGAGCAAAUGA